UGUUCUUUUAGAUGUACACUAUACUAUUAUUGCUACUAUUGUCUCAGCACUAAGAAGCCUUUGAUUGUGAGAUGAAUCAUUAUUUUAUGUGCCACUAAGAAAGGGGGGGACCCCUGUUAAUUAAACUGUGAUACUCCAUUGACUGUAAUCCUCAUGGAUUUAAGAGCUGUUAAAAAUGUGAAACAAUGCAUUAGAAUCAAUGUAAUCAGGCAUUCAGCCUUGAUAACUGUUUGCCACAAUUAUUUUAACUAUUGAAAAGAACAUUUCAGUACUCAGGGGAUUUUCUUCCCAAAAAGCAAAUGUCAGUCCCUGGCUUGGGGGAAAAAAUCCAGGAGGUCUUCCUUCCUGGAGGAGGAUUUCAGGACUCUUUCCUUUACUAUCUCCUCUCUCUCCUCCCCCGGCAGGACGCGCCCAAGCCCAUCCGGGCUGCCCGCCACUGCUCGGGCCUGGCCCGGCGGGUGAUGACCAUCGCCUUUGCGCUGCUCAUCCUCUGCCUCAUCGCCUGGGCCUACGCCGCCGGCGUGCCGCUGGUCUCCGAUCGCUACGGCCUCCUGGCCUUCGGCCUCUACGGGGCCUUCCUCUCGGCGCACCUGGUGGCGCAGAGCCUCUUCGCGUACCUGGAGCACCGACGGGUAGCGGCAGCGGCGCGGCGGGCGGCGGCGCGGGGGCACCCGGACGCGGCCACCGCGCGCAGCGUGGCGCUGACCAUCUCGGCGUACCAGGAGGACCCCGCCUACCUGCGCCAGUGCCUGGCAUCUGCCCGCGCCCUGCUGUACCCGCGCGCGAGGCUGCGCGUCCUCAUGGUGGUGGACGGCAACCGCGCCGAGGACCUCUACAUGGUCGACAUGUUCCGCGAGGUCUUCGCCGACGAGGACCCCGCCACCUACGUGUGGGACGGCAACUACCACCAGCCCUGGGAACCUGCGGCGGCGGGCGCGGAGGGCGCGGCGGGCGCGGGCGCCUACCGGGAGGUGGAGGCCGAGGACCCCGGGCGGCUGGCGGUGGAGGCGCUGGUGAGGACGCGCAGGUGCGUGUGCGUGGCGCAGCGCUGGGGCGGCAAGCGCGAGGUCAUGUACACCGCCUUCAAGGCGCUCGGCGAUUCGGUGGACUACGUGCAGGUGUGUGACUCAGACACAAGGCUGGACCCUAUGGCACUGCUGGAGCUGGUGCGAGUGCUGGAUGAGGACCCCCGGGUAGGGGCUGUUGGGGGGGAUGUACGGAUCCUUAACCCUCUGGACUCCUGGGUCAGCUUUCUAAGCAGCCUGCGGUACUGGGUGGCCUUCAACGUGGAGCGGGCUUGUCAGAGCUACUUUCACUGCGUGUCCUGCAUCAGUGGUCCCCUAGGCCUGUACAGGAACAACCUCCUGCAACAGUUCCUUGAGGCCUGGUACAACCAGAAGUUCCUGGGCACCCACUGCACUUUUGGGGAUGACCGGCACCUCACCAACCGCAUGCUCAGCAUGGGCUAUGCCACCAAGUACACAUCCCGGUCCCGCUGCUACUCGGAGACCCCGGCGUCCUUCCUGCGCUGGCUCAGCCAGCAGACACGCUGGUCCAAGUCAUACUUCCGUGAGUGGCUGUACAACGCACUGUGGUGGCACCGGCACCACGCGUGGAUGACCUACGAAGCGGUGGUCUCGGGCCUCUUUCCCUUCUUCGUGGCAGCCACAGUGCUGAGGCUCUUCUACGCCGGCCGCCCGUGGGCCCUGCUGUGGGUGUUGCUGUGCGUGCAGGGCGUGGCGCUGGCCAAGGCUGCCUUCGCGGCCUGGCUGCGGGGCUGCGCGCGCAUGCUGCUGCUCUCGCUCUACGCCCCCCUCUAUAUGGGGGGCCUCCUGCCUGCCAAGUUCCUAGCGCUGGCCACCAUGAACCAGAGUGGCUGGGGCACCUCGGGCCGGCGGAAGCUGGCCGCCAACUACAUCCCCCUGCUGCCACUGGCCCUCUGGGCUUUGUUGCUGAUUGGCGGCCUGGUGCGCAGUGUGGUGCACGAGGCCAGGGCUGACUGGAGCGGCCCCUCCCGGGCUGCCGAGGCCUACCACCUGGCCGCCGGGGCCGGUGCCUAUGUGGGGUACUGGGUGCUUAUGUUGACGUUCUACUGGGUGGGUGUGCGGAGGCUCUGCCGGCGGCGAGCAGGGGGCUACCGCGUCCAGGUAUGAUUCCAGGUACUUGACGUGCCAGCCCAGAAAUCUUCAGGGGAGGCAAGAGGAGACCUACCAGGCCCCAGGAGCCAUGAACUUGCUAGGUGAUUCUCUGGGCCUCAGUUUCCCUCCUUUGGGUCGAUCCAAGAUUCUUCAGCCUGGACUGUUUGGGGACUGGGUCUCUGGGGUGGGGUAUUUAUUGAUCAGGGUGUAGAUUUUGGGGGAGGGGGGAAAGCGGUCUCUACAUGCUGUUCUGGAGCCCUUGCUUUCUCCUUGCUCUUAUUUAAUCUCCAUUUGUACUGUGUGGUUAAGAUAUAAUAAAGAAUUUUAUUUAUUUUC